AUGCAUGCCAAUCUAUGUCGUGUCGUAAUAAAAUCGUUCGACGAGAGAUGGAAUCACACCGAACUCGGAAUCGGGAAGGCACGAGAGCCGAAAAGAGCAGAAGCAUGCGAUCACCAUCAUCAUCGUCUUUAUCGUUCUUCGAGGUGCACGAAUGCUCAGCAGGCGGUGUGUGAAUCAUGGCUGCUAGGCAAAUCCUCUAUCGUGCACCAACACCACGACAAAGGGAGAUCGCGAAAAAGGGGCGGAUCAUUUGCCGGAGCCAUUACCAAUACCGGUGCAAUAACGAUGAUGGUAAUGGAUUCGGUGAGGCAGAAAAAAAAGCGAACGAUGGGCUGGUACCUGGAACCAUCAUUAGUGGGACCCGAAAACUUGCUGAGCAUGGAAAUCUCGAAAAAAAAGUGCACGAAUGCUCAGCAGGCGGUGUGUGAAUCAUGGCUGCUAGGCAAAUCCUCUAUCGUGCACCAACACCACGACAAAGGGAGAUCGCGAAAAAGGGGCGGAUCAUUUGCCGGGGCCAUUACCAAUACCGGUGCAAUAACGAUGAUGGUAAUGGAUUCGGUGAGGCAGAAAAAAAAGCGAACGAUGGGCUGGUACCUGGAACCAUCAUUAGUGGGACCCGAAAACUUGCUGAGCAUGGAAAUCUCGAAAAAAAAGAUCCACACCGUGAACGAGAUGUCGGCCGCCGAAAGGAAAUUGCGGGGUCUAAAAAACCGCAAACGCAGCAUCACGACUUCCUUCGCUGGGAUUGUUAACUUCGUCAACGAGUUUCAACAAGAACGCGAUGCAGUCGAGGUUCCAGUCAGGCUGGAAAAUCUUGUUGAACUUUGGAAGGAGUUCAAUGCCGUUCAGCAGGAGCUCGAGACAAUGGAGGAUUCUGGAGACGACAAAACAUUGCAGGAGUAUCUCAAGGAGCGCACGGAUUUUGAGAGGAACUACUACCGGAUCAAAGUUUCCACUAAGCCUUCUACGUCGCAACAACCUAGUUUCCCAGCCAAGAAGCCAGCUUUUCCACGAGUUAGCAAUUAUGGUAGUGUACAGAAUAGUGGAUUUCAACGCAAUUGUUUCGUCUGCUCUGGUCAGCACAACAUUUAUCAAUGUGCUUCAUUCAACAAUAUGUCCGUCGAUGAAAGGGAAAAUGUUGUCCGCCGUAAUCAAUUAUGUCGAAAUUGUUUGCGCCGUGGGCACUUAGCCAAAACUUGUUCCUCUGAGUCUAGUUGUCGCAAUUGUAAUAGUCGUCACCAUACCAAACUCUGUUCGCCUCAAAGGUUCGAAAAUAAACCAGCUCAAAACAUUAGAUCAAACAAACCUAGUCCACCCAUUCCGAAACCUGAUAACCCAGCAUCUGAAACUUCCGCUGCCCAUUCUGGAGUCACUAGCUGCAGUUCACAAGGUUCAACCUCUCGUAAAGUCCUUCUUGCUACUGCGGUCAUUUUAAUGGUUGAUGAUACCGGAAACGAAUACCCCGUCCGUGCAUUAUUGGAUUCUGGAAGCGAGUGUUGCUUCAUAGCCGAGCGUGUUAGUCAGCGUAUGAAGGUGCAGCGGAAUAGAGUGGAUGUUCCUAUUGCAGGCAUAGGACAGUCGUCAACAAGUGUUCGUUCAAAACUCCGCUCGACGUUCAAGUCGCGGAUUUCAAGCUUCAAGGCCACCGUUGAUCUAUUCGUUUUGCCAAAGGUUACCGUAGACUUGCCGACUAUUUCCAUAGACGCCUCCGCAUGGGAAAUACCUACAGGAAUUCAACUAGCCGACCCUGCCUUUUACGAAUCAGCUAAAAUCGAUGUGGUGCUUGGUGCAGAUGUCUUCUUUGACCUCUUCAACGUUCCUGGACGAAUUUCUAUGGGUGAUUCUAUGCCGCAUCUGGUGAAUUCUGUGUUCGGUUGGAUUAUCUCGGGAAAAGUUCCUGAAAGGAAGGUUAACGCUCCUCUAAUUUGCAAUGUAGCAACUACAGCUGAUUUACAUCGAGAUAUGGAAAGAUUUUGGCUCCUCGAAACUGAUGAUUCUCCUGCUUAUUCGCCCGAUGAAAUGUUAUGCGAAAAAUUAUUCGUCGAAUCGGUUUCACGUUCACCCAGCGGUCGCUACAUGGUUCGCUUACCUAUGAAGCAAGACGUUUUGAAAAAUUUAUGCGAUAAUCGGAGAACUGCUUUGCAUCGAUUUCGUCUUCUAGAAGGUCGCCUCAAACGAAGUCCUCAACUAGCAAUUCAGUAUCGUGAAUUCAUGGACGAUUAUAUCAACCUGGGGCACAUGAAACAAAUAGAUGAUUCCUCAAUCGAUCACCAACCGUCUUUCUUUCUUCCUCACCACCCAGUGGUUCGAGAACAAAGUAGCACAACAAAACUAAGAGUCGUAUUCGACGCCUCUUGUAAGAGCUCAUCAGGUAUUUCUUUGAACGAUGCUAUGCUGGUCGGUCCGACCAUUCAGGAUGACCUUAGGUCAAUUAUUUUGCGAUCUCGAAUUCAUCCCAUUUUGAUUGUUGCCGAUGUUGCCAAAAUGUUCCGGCAAAUUGAAAUCCAUCCAAACGACACACCUCUUCAGAGAAUUUUCUGGCGGUCAGAUCCCGAACAAGAAGUUCAAAUCUUCGAAUUAAAAACCGUAACAUACGGUACUGCUGCAGCACCUUUUCUCGCUACUCGAGUUUUGCAGCAGAUGGCUCACGACGAGAGUAAAAAUUAUCCAAUCGCGUCCAAGGCGACUUGUCGAGACAUUUAUAUGGACGAUCUCAUUUCUGGUACAAAAACAGUCAACGAAGCAAUCGAGCUUAUUACGCAGUUAGAAGGCAUGUUUUCCUCAGCAGGCAUGGAGCUACGCAAGUAUGCAAGCAAUUACCAGGAAGUCCUGGAACAGCUACCUGAAUCAAAAAGAGCUCUCCAGUCGACAGUAGAUUUUGAUAAGGAUCAAACAAUAAAAACGUUAGGCCUGCACUGGGAAACCAACACCGACCGUUUGAAAUAUGUUAUUCUUGAUUCACAAACUGAAAUCACCUCAACGAUUACAAAAAGAACAACACUUUCUUGUAUCGCGAAAUUAUUCGACCCUCUAGGGUUACUAGGGCCCGUUGUGGUAACGGCCAAGUUUUUUAUGCAAGCUCUCUGGAGUUUGAAAGAAGACGACAAACUUUGGGACUGGGAUCGUGAACUCCCAGAAGAUAUGCAGAUUUACUGGAAAUCAUUUGUCGCUGAGCUUCCGCUUCUGAAUCAGCUUAGAAUCGAUCGAUUCGUUAUGCUUCCGAACACUGUCGACUUCGAAUUACACUUUUUCUCCGAUGCGUCGGAAAAUGGAUACGGUUCCUGCGUUUACGUUCGGUCAACCAACUCAAAGGGCGAAAUCAAAACAGCACUACUUACAUCGUCUUCCAAGGUGGCACCUUUGAAGAAGCAGAGCAUCGCACGUCUAGAGCUUUGUGGAGCACUCUCGUCGGCUAAGUUGUACAGCAAGGUUUCGAAGUCACUCAGGGUUCCAGCAAAGGCAUUUUUCUGGGUGGACUCUACAACGGUUUUGAGCUGGUUGGCAGCAACACCUUCGUCAUGGUCGACCUUUGUAGGGAACAGGGUUUCGAAAAUACAAACAGCGACAGAGAAAUGCGACUGGAACUUCAUAGCUGGAGUUGAAAACCCGGCGGACAUAAUAUCCAGAGGACUUCCCGCAAACAAACUACUCGACAGCAGACUAUGGUGGGAGGGUCCGCAUUGGCUCGCUCAGGAGAGGAGUUUCUGGCCAGUGAAUGCUGCACAAUUUGAGCUUACGGAAGAGGCUGCUCAUGAGCGCAAAAGAAGCGCGUUAACGUCAGCUGCACUUGCACCUACAUUUGUGGACACGUACAUCGCCAAUUUCUCCAACUAUCAGCACAUGUUGAGAAUGACUGCUUAUUGGAGGAGGUAUUUCACCAAUCGUCGUUUGCCGAAGUCUGAAAGGGUCGUAUCUCAACCACUUACAACAGAAGAAAUCCUUGGAGCUGAGAAUGUUUUGAUUCAGCUUGUUCAGCGAAAUAGUUUUCCCGAAGAAUGGAAGGAUUUGGAAAAUCAACGACCAGUUUCGAACAAAUCUCAACUUCGUUGGUUCAACCCAAUUAUUGCCACAGAUAAGGUUCUUCGAAUUGGCGGUAGGUUGGGAAAGUCGGCUCAAUCGUACGCAUCGCAACACCAAAUAAUAUUGCCAAAAUCUCACGCUUUCGUCACACUUCUGGUACGAUCUUAUCAUGAACGUUUAUUGCACGCCGCAACCCAAUUACUCACUAACACACUUCGUUUACGUUUCUGGAUUCUCGGUGGUCGAACCACACCAAGGCUCAUAGUUCACUCCUGCGUAGUUUGUUUUCGAGCCAAGCCGAAAGCCAUACAGCAGCUUAUGGCUGAUUUGCCAUCGCCACGCGUAAAACCAUCAAGACCAUUUUCUAUCACCGGUGUAGAUUUCUGGGGACCAAUAUACCUAAAACCUCGUCACCGUCGUGAUGCACCUAUUAAGGCUUAUGUGUGCGUUUUUGUUUGCUUUAGCACUAAGGCCGUCCACCUCGAGAUUGUAACGAACCUUAGCACAGCAAAAUUUCUCCAAGCUCUCCGUCGAUUUGUUGGACGUCGAGGCUUGUGUUCUGAUAUUUUCUCCGAUAAUGGGACGAAUUUCACUGGAGCUAAUAAUGAAAUUCGUCGCCUUCUAAAAACCAAAGAUUUUCGACAUUCUGUUGCUCGCGAAUGCUCCGAUAACGGAAUUCGCUGGCAUUUCAACCCACCCAGAGCUUCGCACUUCGGUGGACUUUGGGAGGCUGCCAUCGCAUCAGCCCAGAAACAUUUUGUUCGAGUUGUGGGGGACCGAAAAUUAGAAUUUGACGACAUGGAGACCCUGUUAGUUCAGAUUGAGUGUUGCCUGAACUCGCGUCCGCUCACCGAACUCACAAACGAUCCUACGGAUUCACGGCCGUUAACGCCCGGCCAUUUUUUGAUCGGCGAGGAACUGAAAUCUGUUCCCGACGAAAAUUGCCUCAACAUUCCAUUCAACCGGCUUCCACAAUGGCAGCAAAUCCAGAAAAUGCAGCAGGAGAUAUGGAAUCGCUGGAAUCUGGAGUAUCUACACACGCUCCAAUCUCGUACCAAAUGGUUCAAACCUCCCGUGGAGCUGAAAAAGGACCAGCUCGUUGUCCUUAUCGACGAGAAUCAACCGCCAAUGCGCUGGGCAAUGGCACGAAUCGUCGAUUUACACCCUGGUUCCGAUGGAGUAGUUCGAGUCGUAUCACUACAGACACCCACCGGAAAAACAACCCGUUCAACAUCGAAAAUAUGUGUUCUUCCUAUUCCAUCGCCGUCCGAAGAACAAAAUUCAUCAAAAUUUUCCGAAUCACAGUAA